AUGGGACGCCCAACUUCUCUUCGGUUACUAUUCCUACUCUGCCUUUUAUUGGCACUUUCCACAGCAGCAAGCCGUCGCCUAAAACGUCAAUGCGGAUGCUCGAACUUCUGUAACUGUCAACAACAACCAAUUUUCUUCGCACAAAUCUCUCUACCAGCAUGUACGUGUCAACAGGCGCCAAUCUGUCAGCCACAAUGUCCGAGAGCUGAAAUUAAUUCCGACUGCUCAGCCACCUGCGUCCGAGCCUGUAUUCCAUCUUGCUCCAAGAGCACAGGCAACACGUUCGCUUGCUCCACAACUUGCGAGAGCACCUGUGAUAAAACGUGUGCAUCGGCUGCUCAGAAUGCUAUUGCACAUAUUCAGGUCACUCCACCAAAUCCUCAGCCCCUCGUACCAGUCGCCUCUGCUCCAACUGUUGAUGAUUCCUGUCAGAAUGUGUGCCAGAAUGUGUGUCAAGGAGCAUGUGUCUCUCAAAACUCUCCACCGGCCGUUUGCCAACAAACUUGCAGACAAUCGUGUCAGUUCGGAUGUGCCACCAACGAACAAUUACCAACCACUGCUGUCACCUCUCAACCAACGAUCAAAAUAACUCUCGACAUCAACGACGCCUAUUUCGACUCGAACUGCGCUCCAAAAUGUACUCAAUCCUGUCAUUCCCAAUGCAUUUCCCAAGGCAACGCUGCCGCUUCGUGCUCCAAUUCCUGCAACAACGAGUGCUCAGACAAGUGUUCUCAACGCGUUCAGGCCGCUCCCGUUCAGGCCCAAGUCCAGCAAAUCCAACCCCAACAGGUGCGGAUUACCGUUCCAGUUACUGUAGCACCACCCGCCACGUGUCAGUCUCGCUGCGAGAACCGUUGUCUUUCCACGUGUACCGCCACCCAACCAUCCGUCUGUGCACCGUCGUGCUCCACUGCCUGCCAACUCUCGUGUGAUAGCAUCGGAGCAAUCUCCUCACAAACCCAGCAACAACAGGCACCCAUUGAGGUGAGGGCUCAGUGUACACCAACGUGUAUGCCCCAAUGCCUACCAUCCUGUACCGCCACUACCACCACAACCACCCAAAUCCCAAUAGCCAACAUCCCAACCCUAGCCCCCGUUCCCAUUCAAAUCCAAAUCCAAUGCGUCCCCAGCUGUAUGCCAGCGUGUCUCCCAUCUUGUACUCAACCAGUGGUUCUUACCACACAGGCCCCAGCCCCCGUAGUCAAUCAAUGCAUCCCACCGUGUCAGCCUCAAUGCCUUCAAACCUGUUUGGAGCAGUACAUUCAACCGCAGGUAGUCGCUACCCAACCCCCACCCCAGAUCCCUCAGUGUAUCCCACAAUGUCAACCAUCAUGUGAGCAACAAUGUAUCCAAGAAGCUACAACAACUACAACAACUACUACUUCUACUCCAUCCCCACAGGUACCCACAUCCGAAAAGACGCCUGUUUACGAGUUCGAAACCACCACACUGCAUCCAGAUAGCACUAGCACUGAACUUGAAUAUGAAGAUGAAGAACUAACAACAACCCAAAUGGAACCAGAAGUUCCUACCACUUCUUAUCCGGUGGAAGGGACAACUUCUGAGCCUUAUGAGCCUUAUGAUCCUGAAGAGGAGCCUGAAACAUCUCCUCCACCGCUAGAGUAUACUACUGUAGAGCCUUAUGACUACCCACAGUAUGAUCAGCCAACCACACCUGCCAACCUUGGCACCACCUCCACCAACUCACCUCUAACCACCAGCACCCUAGCACCACUCACUCCAGGUACCACUUCACCUGCACCACAACGUGAUCAAUGUCUCCCAGCUUGUCUACCAGCUUGUAACCCAAACUGCGUCGUCGCCAUGCAAGUACUUCUCUACAUUUCAUGCCCAGAAGGUUGCCGUCCAGCUUGCGAUCCAAAAUGCGCCUAUCAAUAUCUGCGAAGCAAUCCAUCAACCCCUCAACAUUACAACCCACCUAUUCUACCAAACGGAGCGGCUUCGUCAAAAUGCAUUCCUGCCUGUAUGCCAGCUUGUCUCCUUGAUUGUGUUCUUCCUUAUUUCAACGAGAAGAUCAUUCCGACUUUGGCGCCAAGGGUGGUGGUAGAACAAAUAAAUGAAGAGGACUGGGGGUUGUUAAGAGAUCAGGGGACUGCCACUACUAGACCGAAACCUACUUAUAUUCCACCCCAACCGUCCUACGCUCAAAAAGUACAACCUUUCUUGGUUCAAACCCAGCCAUCCUAUGUUCAGCCUCAAUCAACAUCCCAAGUAUCUAUUCCAAGGCUUCAAGUAACCCAAGGUGAUCCUAACCGACCUUUACCACCAGCACAACCACAUCAAUACUACCAGAACCAACAGAAAACUUACCUCACACCUCCGGCAUCAGCACCAUCCCAAACAUCCUCUCAAUCACAACCUCAAUCUCAAAUCCUCCACCUUCAGUACCGGGUAAACCAGAAUACCCCUACACUGCAAUACGCACAAGCCUCACAAUCUAGCCAAUCGUUCACCCUUGCACAACACCAGGCUCAGAAUCAGGCCAAGGCUCAACAAGCCUCUCACGCGGCUUACAACGCUCCCAGUCAGCCGGUCUCAGGGACUUAUAACCCAUGGGUGGUCCCUAAGACCCCGCUAACUCACCGCUACAGCUUGCGAUCUUCGAAUUCACCAGCAGCCUCAUGUCCACAAGCUUGCAUGCCAGAAUGCUCACAACAAUGUGUUGCCACGUUGCAAUGUCCAGUGAGCUGUCAACCCGCUUGUCAACCAUCAUGCCUUCAGAAGCCACCAAUCAUCAAAAUCACCGUAACAGGACAGCAAGUCGGAUGUGUCGAGCAGUGUCAGCCAGCGUGCGAACCACAAUGUAUCAUCGCCACGAACAAGACCCCGUCUCAACAACCGCAAAUCGUCGUGGCGACGACGACACAAGCACCCCGUACUGCACAGCCACAACAGCAACUUGCCAGUUGCCCACAACUUUGUCAACCACAGUGCACUUCCCAAUGUGUUCAGCAACAACAAUGUCCAUGCCAACAAACAUGUCAGAACGGUUGUAAUCAACAUAAUCCAGAUGCCCGUGUCUGUCAGAAUGUCUGUCUGGAAGUAUGUGCAUCCGAAUGUCCACGAUCGACACCAGCUGGCGCCCAACCAGCUCAACCAGUUUACCAAACUGUCCAAGCUCCACUCUCCUACGUUCCAGUUGUUCCAGUGGCCACUUCCUCAUCUCUACCACAAAUUACUAUCAACUUUGCCGUUCCAGAAUGUAUUCCAGUCUGUGAACAAAGUUGUAAUGCUCAAUGUGUCGAGAAGUUCCCACAAGAACACUGUGGUUCCGUUUGCAACUCCCAAUGCCAGACUGCAUGUGCCUCUCAACCAGCUGCCACUCAAGUCCAAUCCGCUCCAGUUCCAUCGUGCCAACCACAAUGUCAGCCAGCCUGUGAACCAGUUUGCAUUGCUCAACAAGCCCAACCAGUCAAGAUUCAAGUCAAUCUGGCUACAGCUGCUCCACAGCAAGCAGCCUCCAUUCAAUGCCAACCAAUGUGCGAGCAGAGCUGUGUACAAGAAUGUCAGUCGACCACUUUGAACGUCCAAGCUGCCACGUGUCAACCUGCAUGCCAAGCCAUCUGCCAACAGUCAUGUGCUCCAUUGAGCACCUCUGCUCCAGUUAUGCAAACUAUUCCAGUAGUUCCAGUGGCCGCUGCUCCAGUUCAGGCACCAUCAUCAGCUACCCAGUUGUGUGCUCCAAAAUGUAUCAGUGAUUGCCAAGGACUGUGCAAGAGCAACUCGCCACAAUGUAUUCAAGGAUGCGACGCUUCCUGCCAACAACUCUGCGGAACCGCUCCAAACCCAGCCGUCCCACUGACAGUCAACUACAACUGUAACCUUCCAUGUGACUCUCAAUGCACACAGCAGUGCUACCAUCAAGCUCCAACAUGUGCUCCUGCUUGUGCUCAAGCCUGUGAAGCUCAAUGCCCAGUUGUUUCUUGUGAAGAUGCCUGCCAAACAGUCUGCAAAGGACAGUGCGUUUUCUCCGGUCAGAAUUCCCGACAAUGUGGUCCAGCGUGUGCCCAAUCGUGCAGCUCCCUGUGCCAUAAAAAGAGAGUGAAACGAGGAGACUAA